CCGUUACGCGCGACCACUUACCCAUUGGCGAGCCGCCGAACGCAUACGUGCUUUCGAAUUUUAAGAAAAUAUAAAUCAAAGCUUUGACAGCGCAUGCAUGGUGUGGUCGGUUGCAUCGGGUGUGAGGACAGUGCAUUGGAACCUUUGACUCUUCGGAAUGUGGAGAGCUGUUGGCUGCUGAGAUACCCGUGGAAGAUAGUGACUACCGCUUGUGACCUUGUCUUUCUUCAGUAAGAACAAGAUGAUUCUUUUAAAGAUCGCACCAGUAUUCUUUCUCCUUCUCCUCGUCAGAGCGGAGAAGAAAAUUGAACUUCAAGACAUUGAGGAAGAUAACCUUAAAAGCGAGAAAGAAGCUUCCUACGAAAUUGAAUCGUCCGAAGAUUCCGAAGAUGUUGGACGCUUCGAAUAUUUGAAGAAAGAACUCUUGCGGUACUUCAAAACCCCCAAUCCUACAGCAGCGUCUCCCCAGCGCUACGUCCAACAGUACGCUGUAACUGAAACUCAAGAAAGAUCUGCCGCUACGCCCGCACCUCUGUACAGCCACCAAGGAGCGAAGCAAGCCAUGGUCGGCUAUCUAUCUAAUGUACCGAUGCAAAUUUAUUUAGUCCCGCAGCAGUACAGCGGAUCACCCGCCACUACUAAGAACUCUCACCACGAGCCACAGUAUUCGGGACAGAAUGUUAACCAAAUAGCACAUUAUCCAACUCAUGAAGGGGAACAACCGCAUUACGUUUCACCGAGCGUGAAGGAGCACGUUCAGUCUUACUCGCCACCUGUCACCUACGUAUCAUUUUCACUGCAACCGACUGCGCCUCCGGCUGUUGCGACUGCGAACGCUGCGUCUUAUCAGGAGCCUCUCGUCCAAUACCAAUCUGCCCUAGUACCUCCUCCUACACCUAUUUCUAGUUCACAGCAUCUAAUUACAAAAGCAUAUUAUUCACAUGACUUGAACCCCCAAGGACAGGGUGAAGAUGACCCGCAAAAUGUUGUUGAAGGUCAAAACUAUUAUCAUCCUCAAACUGAAGUUCCUUAUAUCGAAUCUCAAUCUCAAGAUGUUCAUCAUUAUUAUAACCACAGGAGUCCUCUCCGAGUGAAUAGCAACUCUGAGUUACCACAUCCGAGUCCGCUUCUUUUAAAACCUCCGCCAUCGCAUCUAUCCCACAUCCCAAAAGCUUUGCCUAUACAUCGUCCCUGGAGCAAGCCUGUUUAUAAUAGUGGUCGACUGGGAAUUGGUAGCAUUGCUCCCAAGGCCAUUGAAACAUACGGCCCCAUGUUUAAAAGAAGACCGACAUCUUUACUAGAUUCCUAUAUCCCAUCGAGCCUCCAAAUAGAGUAUUUAAAGAGAGGUAUUAUAAAGGAUCCAUUGGUGGCAUAUGAAGCGUUGUCGAAUGGCUUCAAUUUAGAUCAUUUGGAAUCAAAUCCUAAAUAUUACGAAACUGGUUUCCUGCCGAAUCAAGUAUUCCAUACGGCUGGAGGAGGUUCAUUUUAUGGACAUUAUAAGAGAUCACCAAAAGACAAAAGAUUAGGAAGUUAGUUUCUUACUAUCAAAAAUGAUCAAGUCAUAACACUUGAGUUAAUUUUAUUUACUUUUUUAAAGUCUGAAAUACAUUUUAAUGUAGGAUAUCAAAACUGUUAAAUUAGUUAUUACCUGGAUAGGAUUGAAUGAUAGAAUUUUAAUUUAAGUCAAAAUUAUGUAAAUAAU